UGCUCACCCAGGGCAGGUUUAAAAGGGCCAGAGGGCUGCUGGGGCCUCUCCCUGCUUUGCAACUUGCUUCCCUUUUUGGGGUUGUGGACCUAGGAAACCUCCAACUGGCGCCAUGGGGAAAGAAAAGAUUCACAUCAACAUCGUGGUGAUCGGCCAUGUGGACUCGGGGAAGUCCACCACCACCGGGCACCUCAUCUACAAGUGCGGAGGCAUCGACAAGAGGACGAUUGAGAAGUUUGAGAAGGAGGCAGCCGAGAUGGGCAAGGGCUCCUUCAAGUACGCUUGGGUGCUGGACAAGCUGAAGGCAGAGCGGGAGCGUGGCAUCACCAUUGACAUCUCCCUAUGGAAGUUCGAGACCACCAAAUACUACAUCACCAUCAUUGAUGCCCCUGGGCACCGCGAUUUCAUCAAGAACAUGAUCACAGGCACCUCGCAGGCUGACUGUGCAGUGCUGAUCGUGGCUGCGGGCGUGGGGGAGUUCGAGGCCGGCAUCUCCAAGAAUGGGCAGACCCGGGAGCAUGCCCUGCUGGCCUACACGUUGGGGGUGAAGCAGCUCGUUGUGGGGGUGAACAAGAUGGACUCCACGGAGCCCCCAUACAGCGGGAAGCGCUACCAGGAGAUCACUAAGGAAGUUAGCGCCUACAUCAAGAAGAUCGGCUACAACCCUGCCACCGUGGCCUUCGUGCCCAUCUCCGGCUGGCAUGGGGACAACAUGCUGGAAGCCAGUGCCAAAAUGCCCUGGUUCAAAGGCUGGAAGAUAACUAGGAAGGAAGGGAACGUGGCAGGCACCACUCUGAUGGAGGCUCUGGACUCCAUCGUCCCUCCUUCGCGCCCCGUGGAAAAGCCCCUCCGCUUGCCUCUGCAGGAUGUCUACAAGAUCGGUGGUAUCGGCACUGUCCCCGUGGGGCGCGUGGAGACGGGCACCUUGAAGGCUGGCAUGGUCGUGACUUUUGCUCCCAGCAAUGUCACCACAGAGGUGAAGUCGGUGGAAAUGCACCAUGAGGCCCUGGCUGAGGCCCUGCCUGGGGACAAUGUGGGCUUCAAUGUAAAGAACGUGUCUGUGAAGGACAUUCGCCGGGGGAAUGUGGCCGGAGACAGCAAGAAUGACCCGCCCAUGGAGGCGGGCAGCUUCACCUCCCAGGUCAUCAUCCUGAACCACCCAGGCAAGAUCGCUGCUGGCUACUCCCCGGUGCUGGACUGCCACACGGCUCACAUCUCCUGCAAGUUUGCUGAGCUGCGAGAGAAGAUUGACCGCAGGUCUGGCAAAAAGCUGGAGGACAAUCCUGCAGCGCUGAAGUCUGGGGAUGCUGCCAUCAUUCGGAUGAUCCCUGGCAAGCCCAUGUGUGUGGAGAGCUUCUCCGAGUACCCACCUCUUGGCCGCUUUGCCGUGCGGGACAUGAGGCAGACGGUGGCGGUGGGUGUGAUCAAGGCUGUGGAGAAGAAGGCUAGUGUAGUAGCCAAAGUCACCAAGUCGGCCGUGAAGGCUGGUAAGAAAUGAGCAGCUGGCCGUGCCCUGAGCUGUUGGCUCCUGGGUUGCUGUUGGGACUCACUCGCACAGAACAAGCUGCCGCACCCUGUAGGUGCUGGGGUACCACCGGAGGAAGGGGUUGGUCUGACACUUGCACUUGAACUCCCUUAUCUUCUUCUUUUUUUCCUCCUCCUAACUGGCCAGUAUUUCCUGAAUAAAUUUUGCAAGUGGAAAGAAAAAAAAAAAGUGUGGCUCUGGAUUUCUGUGACUCCCCUCUGCAGGAGGCGUCUCUCCUCUUCUUCUUCCCCCCCACAAGCCACUUACUACAGACCUCUAGUACAAAGAAAACAGCAGCUUUCUGAGAUGCUGGCUGUGAAGUGAUCCUACCCCUUUCCCAUCCCAUGUCCCCUUCUUAAU